AGCAGUUCCUGAUAGAGACCACAGCUCCGAUUCUACACUGGCAGAGAGCGCGAGAGAGGGAGCGAGCGAGGGAGAGGGAGUGAGACAGAGGGAGAGAGAGAGAUUCUCCUCCUGCGCCGGGUCCACAUUUGCACGAUGGCAUCAGACCCGGGGCUGCUGCCCCUCUUAGUGUGGACUAUAUCGAUACAGGUCCUGGGCUCCAGAGGAACAACCAGCAAUGAAGUGAACCUCCUGGACACAACCAAAGUAUCAGGAGACUGGGGGUGGCUCACGUACCCGUCACAUGGGUGGGAUGCAAUCAACGAGAUGGACGAGUAUUUCAGCCCCAUCCACACGUACCAGGUGUGCAACGUCAUGAGCCCGAGCCAAAACAACUGGCUCAGGACCAACUGGAUCCAGCGAGACGGCGCCCGGCGCAUUUACAUCGAAAUAAAGUUCACGCUGCGAGACUGCAACAGCAUGCCAGGUGUGCUCGGCACCUGCAAGGAGACGUUUAACCUCUACUACUGCGAGACCGACCGCGACAUUGGGUCGACCAUCUGGGAGAGUCAGUUUUCCAAGAUCGACACCAUCGCGGCCGACGAGAGCUUCACGAACGUGGAUCUAGGCGUGCGGAGACUUAAGCUCAACACCGAAAUACGCGGCGUGGGACCACUCAGCAAACGCGGGUUCUACUUGGCGUUCCAGGAUAUAGGCGCGUGCAUCGCAGUUGUGUCGGUGCGGGUUUACUACAAACGCUGCGCAGGCAUGGCUCGCAAUCUGGCCAUCUUCACGGACGUGGUGACGGGGGCAGACUCGUCCUCGCUCGUGGAGGUCAGAGGUCAGUGUGUGGACCAUGCGGAAGAAAGAGACACCCCCAAGAUGUACUGCAGCGCCGAGGGGGAGUGGCUUGUUCCUAUUGGGCGGUGCGUGUGCAGCGCUGGGUUUGAGGAGCACAGGGACAACUGUAUUGCCUGUGAGGUGGGUUUCUACAAGCCGGUGGCGGGUGAUCAGCGCUGUGGGAAAUGUCCACUCCACAGUCACUCGGAGACGAGAGCGGCUGUAACCUGCCCGUGUGAUACAAACUUCUAUCGCUCGUCUACAGACCCGCCUGCUUCUCCCUGCACACGACCUCCGUCAGCUCCUGUAAAUGUCAUAUCGUCUGUGAACGGCACCUCCGUCAAUUUGGAGUGGGGUUCUCCUCUGGACACAGGAGGCCGCAGGGAUGUCGUCUACGAUGUGAUGUGUCUAAAAUGUGACAAAGAGGGGACGCAGUGCGAGGACUGCAAGAGGGUGGGCGCGGGGAGCAAUGGGGUGAGCAACAUCCACGGGGCUCCUGGAGAUGCCAGCGCACCAGCUGUGGGAAUGAAUGGAGGAACCGUGAAUGGGGUCGUGGUGGCCCGGACGGGCGUGCUACCUUUGCGCUUUAUCCCUCAGCAGACGGGGCUGACAGAACCGUGGGUCACGGUGUUGAACCUAGCAGCACACACCAACUACACCUUUCGUAUUGUGGCGCUAAAUGGAGUUACACACCUGAGCAACGAGCUGCCCCAGUCUGUGAUGGUCAACAUCACCACAAAUCAGGCAGCUCCAUCUCAAGUGAUGGCUAUACGACAAGAGAACGCCAGUCAAAACAGCGUUUCUCUCUUCUGGCACGAACCGGACCAGCCCAACGGAGUUAUUUUAGAAUAUGAUAUCAAGUAUUAUGAAAAGGACAAUGAGCAGAACAGUUAUGCCACGCUGAAGUCAAAGAACACCAGCGCUAAAGUGUCAGGGCUGAAGCCCGGCACCAGCUACAUCUUCCAGAUACGAGCCAGAACCUCGGCCGGCUGUGGCCGGUUCAGUCAGUCGGUGGAGAUGCAGACGGGCAAAGCAAUUCCCCGCCGAUACACCAACACGACGAUCUUGUGGAUCUGCAUGGUGUCAAUAACAGGACUGCUGACAUUUCUGGCGGUUGUCAUCUGCAGAAAACGGCAAGAGGAGAACUUUGAAUUACGCUGUGGAUACAGUAAAGCUUUCCAAGACUCCGACGAGGAGAAGAUGCACUAUCAAAACGGCCACGUAUCAUUUCCAGAAGCCAGAUUUUAUAUUGAUCCCCACACAUAUGAGGACCCCUGCCAGGCCGUCCACGAGUUCGCCAGAGAAAUCGAAGCGUCCAGGAUCAAAAUAGAGAAAAUCAUUGGUUCAGGAGAGUUUGGUGAAGUGUGCUACGGCCGGAUGAAGCUGCCGGGUAAACGUGAUGUUCCGGUGGCCCUGAAGACGCUUAAAGCCGGUUACACUGAAAAACAGAGGAGAGAUUUUCUCAGCGAGGCCAGCAUCAUGGCACAGUUCGACCAUCCUAACGUCAUCCAUCUGGAGGGGGUUGUUACUCGCAGCAAACCGGUAAUGAUCAUCACAGAGUACAUGGAGAACGGCUCUCUGGACUCUUUCUUGAGGAGACACGACGGUCAGUUCACUAUUAUUCAGCUGGUGGGGAUUCUCCGUGGCAUCGCGGCUGGCAUGACGUACCUGUCUGAUCUGGGGUACGUCCAUCGGGACCUGGCUGCCAGGAAUGUUUUGGUCAACAGUAAUCUAGUGUGCAAGAUCUCCGAUUUCGGUUUGUCACGCGUUUUAGAAGACGACCCGGAUGCUGCCUACACUACGAGUGGGGGAAAGAUUCCCAUCCGCUGGACGGCCCCGGAGGCCAUCGCCUAUCGAAAGUUCUCCUCCUCCAGUGACGUGUGGAGUUAUGGAGUGGUGAUGUGGGAAGUGAUGUCAUAUGGAGAACGGCCAUAUUGGAACUUGACCAACAGAGAUGUGAUUAAGUCCGUAGAGGAAGGAUACAGACUUCCUGCCCCCAUGGCCUGCCCGGGUGCCCUUCAUACGCUCAUGCUGGACUGCUGGCAGAAAGAUCGCAACGAAAGACCCAGAUUCUGCCAGAUCGUCACAGUCCUGGACAAGCUGAUCCGGAACCCCGAGAACCUCAAGUCAAUGGACACAUUGUGCAGACUAAACAGUCCUUUGAUGAACAGAAGUAUUCCUGAUUUCACCAGCUGCCGGUCGGUGAAUGAGUGGUUGGACACCAUUAAGAUGGGCCGUUAUAAGGACCGCUUCGCCGCGGGGGGGUACCUGACUUUGGGCCAUGUGAUGAGCAUGAAUCAACAGGGAAUUCUUUGUAUUCCGGUGGACGGUGGACGUCUCAUAACUCAUGGUCUCCUCGAUGCGAUGUUAGUACGGCCACAGCGGUCAGGAACACACAAAGCUGGCAAACAGAGCUCCCACCAUGCAGAACGGUCCAGCCAAUCAGGUGAGCCGUACCAGAGUUCUGACCUAUAGGCUGUGUUCAGAAUGGGAUACUAGCUUACCACUGAAUUCUGUGUAGUUUAUGUUUUUUUAUAGAUUGUGUAACAGUGUAUCAUAAAGUUGACAAGUCAAAGGCCCGGUUUCACAGACACGGCUUACUGGUGUGCAUCUUGUGACAAAACAAUGGCACUGAUAUAUUUUAAGAUAUUUCAGGGCAAAACAUUCAUUUUAGUCUGGGACUAGCCUUAAAGGAAAAGUUCACCUCAAAUUCACCUCGAAUGACGAAAAACUGUCUUGUCAGUCUAUGGUGCGCAUUCACGAGAGCACUUCGGCGCAUGCGCAUUCGGUUUGAGAAUAUAUCGAUUAAAGUUGUUAUUUUGGUUUGUUUUUUCGGACAUAAAGUAUUGUCGUCGCUUCAGAAUAAUUCAAUUGAGCCACUAUGAGCGGAUGGACCAAUUUAACGAUGGCUUUAGUACUUUUCUGGACCUUGACGACAACUAUAACCAUGAUGUCUAUGAGGAGGCCUGGAAAUCUCUCGGGUGUCACCUAAAUAUCCUUAUUUGUGUUCCGAACACGCCGCGAGGUCUUAAAACAUGUAAAAAAUAACACAAUUUUGAUUUUGAGGUGAACUUUUCCUUUAAGGCUUGUCUGUGAAACCGGGCCAGUUGCAUGCUACAGUGCUGUCACAUGACUGCGUCACAUCGCAUAUUUAAAUCAACAAAUGGCAUUCUUUUUUUAAAUUGAAUAUGUCAAAUGAAAGUCAAGUGCAUUGCAUUAUGGGAAAUGAUAUUCCAGUCAGCGUGCUCUUUGUGUACAUUGCACAUUUUCUGUGCAAGAAACCUGCAUACUUUGCGCAGUAUACAUGCUUUAUACUGCAGAAAUACUAGUAUGGAAGUUUGUUAUUCUGAACACAGCCAGUGUCUACCACAUUAAAUCUUUCUAUUUUUGUUGCUUUUGCCUUUCUGUUUGAUUGUACAGUAUCACAAAAUCAAAAAGUCCAGUGUAAAUGCUCUUGAUAGCUGUCGAUUUGUUGAAAGAUUAUUAUGGCAUGUCGGAAAAAAACAUACACAUUUUCCACGUUCUCGAUGAAAACACAAGCUUGCUUCUCUCAAAAUGAUGAAAAACUCAUUUUUAUAAGCAUAGAAAAUGUAAGCAUUUGUCCAUGUUUAGUUUUUGUUUGUUUGCCCUUGAUAAUCGGUCAGUGCGAGUGAGGUGUACUCAUGGUGGGAUGUGCUCUGUCUCUCGUGUUUGCUGUUCUUUACAGUUACAGUCUUCACAUCUGCUGUGCUGUUAUUGUUUGUAUUUAG